AUGGCCAUCGCUGGCGCUAUCGGAACUGGUCUCAUCAUUGGAUCAGGAACUGCGCUGAAGAAUGGAGGCCCUGGCUCCAUUCUGAUUGGGUAUCUGCUCAUGGGUUUUGUGGUCUACAUCGUUAUGGUUGCUCUGGGUGAAAUGGGCGCAUGGCUGCCACACAAGAAGAGCUUCUCUGGAUAUGCCGCACGCUUCGUUGACCCUGCGCUCGGAUUUGCAACGGGCUGGAACUACUUCUUCAAAUAUGCGAUCGUGUUGCCUAACAAUCUGACUGUAACCGGCAUCAUAAUAUCGUAUUGGAGGCCUGAUUUGAACGUCUCGAUUUGGAUCGUCGUGUUCGGAGCGGUUAUCAUCGCUCUCAAUCUUGUUCACGUCAGUUUCUUCGGUGAAGCCGAGUUCUGGAUGUCAAUGCUCAAGGCCCUCGUCAUCUGCAUGCUGAUCCUCCUCUGCUUCAUCAUCGCGCUGGGCGGAGGUCCAAGUCACGUUAGGACGGGUUUCUGGUACUGGCACACCCCAGGAGCGUUCAAUCAGUACAAGGACAUUCCAGGCGACACUGGUCGGUUUCUUGGUGUCUGGGCCUCCAUAGUCCAGGCCACCUUCGCCUAUCUCGGCACUGAGCUCGUCGGUGUUGCCUUUGGAGAGACGCCAAACCCGUCCAAGAAUGUGCCCAGGGCAGUGAAGCAGACAUUGAUGCGAAUCUGCUUCUUCUACGUCGCCGGAGUCAUCAGUCUCGGCAUGGCAGUACCGUACAACGACGAAAGGCUUAUCAGCGCUACAGGGGAGAAGACGAGCGGUGCAGCCUCACCCUUUGUCGUCGCCGCCGAGAUUGCUGGCAUUCAGAAGCUGGACAGUGUCAUCAACGCACUGCUGCUCGUGUUCACCAUCUCCGCUGCCAACUCAGACAUCUACCUGGCCUCGCGAACCCUCUGGGCUCUGGCCAAGGAGAACCAGGCUCCAGCCAUCUUCCACCGCACCAAUGCGCGUGGUGUGCCAGUCGCUGCGGUGGCUUUCUCGUCGCUCUUCAUCGCCCUCGGCUUCAUGAACGUCAGCGAGAGCGCAAGCACCGUGUUUGGCUACUUCGUCUCCCUGGUUACUGUGUUCGGGGCGCUGAACUGGAUCUCGAUCCUGAUCAGCUACCACUGCAUGCUGCAGGGUAUGAAAGCGCAGGGGAUUCCAAGGAGUGUGAUGCCAUACCGGAACCCUCUCCUGCCGUGGGGCGCAUAUAUCGCAUUCGCGAUCACUGUGCUGGUCAUCAUCUUCAAUGGGUUUGCGGGUUUCAUGCCUUUCAAGAUUGGGACUUUUAUGACGAGCUACAUUGGCAUCCCCGUGUAUGUCAUCAAUGUUCUCUGGUGGAAGGUGUUCAAAAAGACAAAGAGAGUUCAGCCAGAGGAGAUGGAUCUGCAGACAGGACGGCGGGACCUCUAG